AUGGAUUCUAGUAGAGAGGGCCGUCAAACCCUAAAAUUACUCUCAUCUGGCCAUUCACUUCACUCGCAGCCCCUUCCCACCCUUCCUUUCGACCUCAUCCCAGAUAUACUGUCUAGGUUGCAGGUGAAAUUCCUCCUUCAACUCCGAUGUGUCUGCAAGUCAUGGAAAUCUCUGAUCUCCGAUCCAAAAUUUGCUAAGAAGCACCUUAGAUUGUCAACCAUGCGAAGCCUGCACUUCGUAGGCUACAAACAACACUCCCUUGGCAAGUACGUUCUAAAGUCUUACCCACUCCACUCUAUCCUAAAGAACAUAAACACUAACUUCACACAGUUUGAGUAUUUUGCAAACAAUUUUGACGGAGAUUAUCUUGCUGACAGUUUCCGAUACUUUAUUGACUCUUGUGAUGGAAUUCUUUGUAUUGGAGGUAGUUAUAAAGGCUUAGUUAUAUUGUGGAACCCUUCUUUACGAAAAUUUAAAGAGUUGCCCCUUUUUGAAAAGCCAAAGGUUACUCAUCUUAGAAUGUCGUUUGGCUUCGGCUACGAUUCUUUUAAGGAGAAUUACAAGGUGAUUGUUGUUCUACACUACCUUAUUCGUGAUAGUACAGGUAGUGAUAAUUGGGUUCACAAAUCUGAAGUAAAGGUUCAUACUUUGGGUUCUAAUAUUUGGAAAAACAUCCAUGAGUUUCCUUUUGGUGUUUUCCCUGUUGCAAGAUCAGGUAAAUUUGUCAGUGGCACUAUUAAUUGGUUGGCCUCCAGACAAUUCCAUCCAUGUACCCGUUCUAUUGUUUCUUUUGAUUUGGCAAAAGAGUCUUAUCAAAAGAUAUCCCCUCCUAGUUAUGGAGGGGUAGAUGUCUGUAACAUGCUUACCUUGGGUGUUUUGAGGGAUUGUUUGUGCUUGAUCUGUGGUGAUGAUGUUUGGGUUAUUAUGAAGGAAUAUGGAAAAAAAGAGUCUUGGAAUAAAUUGUUCACUAUUCCUUAUAUGCUGUAUCGUGGUAGAUAUAGUAUCUACACCAAGGUAAUAUAUGUUUUUGAGGAUGAUCAAGUGCUGCUAAAAGAUUUAAGUGAUUCGGCAUUGAUUCUUUACAAUUCCAAAAAUGGUACUCAUAAGUCUAUUAAUUUUAUAGACAUUCCAGAAGUCUGCAUUGAGAGUUUAAUAUGGCCUUGUUCUUAA